GUGACGAGCACCCUCGAGUCACCAUGAGAGCCGCCUGUAUCCUGCUGCUCUGCGGGGUCGCCUGGGCUCAGUUCAUCGGUGAUGGUUCCGAGGGCGGGACGACCACGCCGGCGUAUGACUGUGACAGCAAAAAGGAUGGACUGUACCCGGACCCCGACGACUGCCACUGCUUCUUCGAGUGCUCUAACGGCCGCUCGCUCUUCUUCCGCUGCCCGAACGGCACCGCCUUCUCGGAGCAGAUACAUAAGUGCGAGUUUGAAGACAAGGUGCCGGGCUGUGGAUGAAACUGAGGCGCUCAACGCAAGCAGGCACGCUUGCUCUGCACAGGGGCAAUGUCCUGCAGCCAACUGUAGGCCUGGUGGUGCUUACUAUCCCUUGGAUGAUCUGUAGUUUGUGGAAAUUAGCAUCGGCGGACGGUAUCACAUUAAUACAUGGAAAGUCGCCAUCCGAUUCGUUGAGUCAGGGAUGAGCAGGUUAUAAUUCAUUCAUGCGUCGCGACAACCGCGCGUACAGGUACGCGCGGCUCGACCAUCGAGGACCAUGGCCGCGGUCGUAGUGCGCUGGUUUGCUGGUUAGCCCGGCUUUUUGUUGUGUCUAAAAGUUGAAGAUAAAACAAAUGUAAGCCACGCAACAGCUGCGUGCUAAAGAAACGAAAAAUGAUUGCA